AUGUGCAGCGCAAACGAAAACAACGGUGCCACCUCGCCGUCGGUGCUUUCGGAAAAUCCGAGCGACUACGGUAGUAACUUAAAAAUAUUGGACUGCAACGACCAAAUCAAAGAACUACAGACGAUCAUUCGGGACAAAAACACCACGCGGAGUGACUUCAAAUUUUAUGCCGACCGGCUGAUUAGGCUGGUGAUCGAGGAAAGUCUGAACCAGCUGCCAUACUCCGACUGUUCCGUUAUCACACCGACCGGUGCCAUCUACGAUGGGUUGCGGUAUCGCUCGGGAAACUGUGGCGUUUCCAUUAUCCGAUCCGGUGAAGCGAUGGAGCAGGGUUUACGUGAUUGCUGCCGAUCGAUACGAAUCGGUAAAAUUCUGGUCGAAUCAGAUGCCGAAACACAUGUGGCAAAGGUGGUGUACGCACGGUUUCCAGACGAUAUCGCCCGACGGCAGGUACUGCUAAUGUAUCCAAUAAUGGCCACAGGAAACACCGUCAUACAGGCGGUCAGCGUAUUGAAGGAUCACGGCGUCAAAGAGAGUUCGAUCAUCUUGUCGAAUCUAUUCUGCACCCCAGUGGCUGCCCGAAUGGUGGUGACCGCUUUUCCCGACCUCAAGAUACUAACGUCUGAACUGCAUCCGGUCGCACCGAACCAUUUCGGACAGAAGUAUUUCGGCACGGACUGA